GGAGAACGCCAGAGUACACGCCCAAAUCCCUACCCACGUUAUAAUCAGUACAAGAAGAGGCCGUGAUUUAAAGGCAUACAAUUGCCACAACGAUCUAUUUUGUUCUAGAGUUUCUUGUUCUCCAAUGGGUUCCUCCAAGGUGCGGAACAACCACAAAGAAAAAGUAGUUCGUCGCAAAGAGGAAAAGGUUGAACAACCAGAACUACCAAAAUAUCGAGAUAGAGCUAAGGAGCGAAGAGAAGAUGUGAAUCCUGAUUAUGAAGCUUCUGAAUUGGGUUCUUUUCAUGCAGUUGCUCCUCCUGGAAAUGUUGAUCUUCUAUCAGCAGAAGCCCAAAGGAUAUCAAUUGAGAAGAGCAAGUAUCUUGGAGGUGAUGUUGAACACACACAUUUGGUUAAGGGGUUGGACUAUGCGUUGCUUAACAAAGUGAGAAGUGAAAUAGACAAGAAACCAGAAACUGAAGAUGCAAGUGAUGGAAAGCCUAGACAACCCAAAGAAGACCUUCCAGUGUCAUUUCGCACUGGACACGCAAAGGCAGUGUAUAAAUGGAUAGUGAAGCCUCAAACUACUCUUAAGCCAAAUGAGAUGUUCCUUCCUGGGCGAAUGGCUUUCAUUUUUGACAUGGAGAGUGGGUUUUCUCAUGAUAUCCCAACCACUGUUCACAGAAGCAAAGCCGAUUGCCCAGAGCCAGAGGAAAUGGUUACUUUCAGUGUUGAUGGCUCUGUUCUUGAUCGAAUUGGUAAAAUCAUGUCUUACCUUCGUCUUGGAUCAUCUGGGAAGAUUCUUAAAAAGAAGAAGAAAGACAAGGAUGUGAAAGGAAAGUUCUCGGCUGUUUCUGGUAAUUAUGAUGCUGAGAAAUUUUUAAAACCUGAAAGAGAAUUUCUGCCACCACCACCACCACCAGGUCCACCACCACCACCUCCCAGAAGCAAUCAUUCCAUUAAAAUAGAGAAAGUGGAGGUGGAACCCACUGUUGCUCGUGUUGAGGAGGAUGAUAUCUUUGUAGGAGAAGGAAUUGACUAUUCUGUCCCUAGUAAAGAUAUGAGCCAAAGCCCAUUGUCAGAAGACAUGGAAGAAUCUCCUAAAAGAAAAGAGAGACCUUCCUAUUUCGAUGAGCCAGCUUAUGGCCCUGUUCCACCCUCAGACCCAUCUCAAGACUGGCAACAAACAAAUGGGUAUGAUACUAUGCAAGUGCAAGGCUAUCAGGGAGAGUGGCAGCAGGAGUAUCAAUAUGUGGAGCAGAUGGGGUACCCUGAACAAUAUGUCCAGCAAGAUGGUCAAACGUAUGAUAUGCAAGGAGGUUUGACCAUAGAAGGGGACCCACAUUUAAUGACACAAGAAGAGAAAGAUAGAGGUUUAGGAUCAGUGUUUAAGCGAGAUGAUACAAGGCUUCAACAAUUAAGGGAAAAAGAUGCUCGUGAGAAAGAUCCGAAUUUUAUAUCCGAGAGCUAUUCGGAAUGUUAUCCGGGUUAUCAAGAAUAUAAUCGUGAGGUUGUUGAUAGUGAUGAUGAAGCUGAUUUAUCCAAAAUGGAUAUGGGUGGUCGAGCAAAGGGUCGGCUUCAUAGGUGGGACUUUGAGACAGAAGAGGAAUGGGCAACAUAUAAUGAGCAGAAGGAAGCCAUGCCAAAAGCUGCAUUUCAGUUUGGUGUGAAGAUGCAAGAUGGACGCAAGACAAGAAAGCAGAAUAAAGACCAAAAGAUUACUAAUGAGCUUCAUAAGAUUAAUAAGAUACUUGCCAAAAAGAAAAUGAACAAAGGAGGAGAUGCAAAUGAUGAUGACAGUGGUGGUGAUGAAUCACCUCAUCCUGGAAAGAAGCUCAGGGUUUGAUUGAUUUGGUAGAGGUAGUUAUGCACUACUGCUGUGUAUCUAAGCAUUAAAUUGUUUCUAAAUGCUUGUAAGUUAUAUCUCCUUUGACUUGUAUAUGGUUUUGAUUUUGGGGAGGUUAUCAUCAAUGUAUCUUAUCUCCUCAUUGACACUACGGUAU